ACUUUCAUUUGGCGCCUUCUUCAGCUCCCUUAUUGUCCAGUCUCGGGUUCUUCUGUAGGGUUAUUUUAACUGGCGGUUAGAUUUCUUUUUUUGGAGACACUGGGUAUUCCACCCGCUACUUGUCUUGAGAAAACCUUAUUUUCGUGGAUUGGGGGAAUAUACCUCCUUUAUUCCUUACUUAAUUGCCUUCAUCGACAUGGUCAAUGACCAGCUGUUGAGGACGUGGGGGGCUGCGUUGUCGUUUGGGGGAACCGUGAUUUGUCUUUUGAGCGUCUUUGAAUGGAUUUUUAAGUUUCGCCGGUCCCUCCGUCCCAACAAACUCUUGCUCCUCAUUUUCUCGUGUGCAUUUGGCUCACUUUCCCUAACCAUCAUGGCGAGCCGCAUCGUCAUCAAACAACCAAACGAGGCAACACUAGCUUUCGCGGUUCUAAGCGGCAUCUUUCUCCAAACCUCCCAAGCAAUUCUCUGGCGAUGCGCACUCCAACGUCUCAACUCUGUUCUGGCAACAAAGUUCGCAGAGCGGGCAACAGACGUGGCAACCGCACUGAGUGCGGGGUAUUGUAUGGUCCUGGCUUCUUUUAUGGUGAUUUCUGCUAUGCAAGCGGAGGGAACUGUGAUGGAGUUGAUUAAUUCAAAAUGGUAUCAAGAUUGGUUUAGGAUGGGGGAUGGAGCGGAUUUGGUGAUAUAUGAGGCUGUUUGCGUUUGCGCAGAUUUGAUACUGCUACAGAUGCUCCGAGAAAACAUGAAAGCACGAGGCGACCGAUCCACCCUUGACAAAACCCUCAAACUCCGCAUCACAGCCUUCCUCGUCAUAAUGAACCUCGUCUUCAAGAUGGCCGAUGUCAGCGUGAAAAUUGCCUCCAUUGCAACAACCUACUUCCCGUUUGAUGUCUACUUUCGGUCUGUCACCGUGUGUUUUGAGACUUGGACGUUACUCAAGUUGGGAAUCACGGUCGAGGAUGUCAUAAAAGGGGACGGAUGGGAUAAAGGGUCGGAUCGAGCAGGGGAAUUGACGAUCAAUCGGGCGGAUACACAUAAUAGGUUGCUCUUGGCCAAGAGUGAGACGUCCUUGCUCCACAGCAGGUCCGCGCCAGUGUUGCCGCCUAUUAACGUUACGUAGAUUUCUGUUUUUUGGAGGAACCGGGCUAUAUUAUACUAGGAACAUGAGAGAUUCGAUGGUCGCGGGGGGAUACUGGGAUUUCUUUGGAGGUUCGAUGAGAGGAGAGGUUUAUUAUUUGGGAUCAUCAUGAAUAUCUGCCGUUAUACCAUUUCUUGUACUGUGGAGCUGUAUCCAUUAGUAGCUUGAGGUCUGACUGUUCGAUUCGCAUCGUGGACACCAACCACGUUUCUCCCCAUCCCAGAUCAGUGGUCAAGUUUCUGAAUAGGCAUUCAUGUUGGCUGUGGUUGCAAAAAAAUA